AUGGAUACUACUCAAGCAAAGCAUCUUAUUCUCGAGAGAAUGACACGUGGUCUGAAAUGGCAAAAACAUUACGCCCAAGGUAAAGAAGUCUAUUCCAAGCGGAACGAGUUCGUGACCAGACUUGGUUAAACAAUGAAUAUAAAAUGAACUUGUUUGGCUGACUUAACUCAGAUUUCUAGACGGAUCGAUCUGGUGCCCUGGGUUAUAACGAAUUUCGUGCUUUAAGAAUACUUUUGUUCAAAUGGGAGGUAACUAUAUCCAAGAAUCUUUCGUUUUAUCAAUCUAGAAUAUUUUGAGAUGGACCUACUGCUCACUCACUCUUUCCACGUGCCGUUCCCUUGAAUCUAAUCGACAUUUAUUUAUCUCCUCAAGCGGUACGUACCGAUCGGUGACAUAACACAUAAUACUCGAGGGAAUAGACUUGGAGGGGAUGUCUGUACUUAAUAAAUUUAUUCUAUAAAAAAAAUGGCAUUUUUUCAAGAAUUCUAAAUAUCUACAGAAACAGUUUCAUACGUAUGACAGAGAUGACAGCGGAGAUAUGAAUUUCUUUGAGCUUCGUAACGCUUUGAAAGGCCUUGGGUAUCAGUUGAGCAACGCAGCUCUCAGUUCUGUAGUUCUUCGCUACCACAACAAGAAGGGAACGAUCUCGUUCGACACCUUCAUACAAAUAGUAGUACGAGUAAUUGUUAUGUUUGACACGUUUCAAAAGAACAGCACAGAUUCCAGGUCCCCCAAGAAAGCAACUUUCACAUUGGAUCAGUUUAUCGAUGCAACACUGACAGUAUGACGUAGUGUUCACGUGAUACCUGCAUGGAUCGGUCGCUAUAGCAACAAGAAUAGGUCCGGGAUGGAAAAUAUGACAGAUAACAGAAGAUGACAAGUUCUAUGUAAAUCAAGUGUUGGUUAUUUUUGGGAAAUAUGCAUUUCAAUUAAUCUGUGAUUUAAAGGAUUUUGUUAUAUCUGUGAAAUCUUUUUGGUUGAGAAUUUAUUGAA